AUGGCCACGCAGCGCCCGCCGCCCCGCGCCUCUCAGCCCGGGCAGCCGCAGCCCGCGGGGGAAACUGAGCUCCGGCCGCGCACUUCCCUCGCCCGAGCCGCCCGCCGGGGCCUCGGCUCGCUCUGCGCCCGGCGGCCCGCGCUCUCCCGGCCAGCCGCCCCUCGGGGGGCUCGGCCCGCGCGUCACGCCUCGGUGCCAGGAGGUGGCGGCCGGGGCAGAGCCGAGGGGCACAGGGAAGGCCGCGGGUCCCCGGUCGCCGGGCGCCGGCUCUCUGGGCUCGCGCUCCACCUCGGCCGAGCGGACGAGCUACCCGGCUCCGCGGGCCCGGGGAGCGGAUUGGGCCGGAGCCGGGGAGGCGGGGAGAGAGGCGGCGCCGGGCGCGGGGGGCGGCGCGGGGCGCACGGGGGGCGGCGCGGGGGGCGGCGCCGGGCGCGCGGGGCUCCUCCCGGCUCGGCGUGCACGGCCGGCGGGCGCUCAGCGCCGCUCGCUGCCGCGCGCAGGAAUGACGCCCCGGCCCCGGGCUGCAGCUGCGGGCUCCGGCGGCUUUCAGGGCGCGCGUCUUCGGUCGUCCCCAUCACCUUACGUUCCAGCUCCGUCGCUGAGCCCGCCCGCCCGCCGAGCUGGAUCCUGUCGGUGGAGCGCCGGGGGCUCAGCCCAACUCUGCGCCCCAUCACCCCCAGAGGAACCCACACAUUCCCACCCCAAUUGUGCAUGCGUCGGAUCGCCGCGCCACGGUCCACCCCACCUGGGCAGCCACGGGCGCUGAGUUCGCAGGCCCCUAGGAAGAGCCAGCUCCUCGGGUGGCUGGAAACGACCCAGUACCCCGGUCUCAGGCCAGGAUUAAAUAUACCUGCGUCUCCCCUCCCCUUCCCCGAGAGCCGCUGUCGCACGCGGAGGCGGUGCGCCAAGCCACAACCCAGCCCAUCCAACGCACAAGUUCUCCACCGACACCCCCGCCCUCCAGCCGCACCGCCCCUCUCCCCGCGGAAAGCCCUGGCUCCCGCCGAGGCAGCAGUGCGGGCGGCCCCUCCGAUCCCCGAGGCGGCGAGCUAG